UUUACAUUUUCAGUCUGUUCUAAUGGUUGAACCACAGGUUCAAUGUACCUGAUCCAUGGCUCGCAUCGAUUGGCCUCAAUUGCAUCGCAGCGUCAAUGCUGCGACACUCCUCUGACAGGAUCAGCAAGCGGGAUAGCCAACUGUUGGAUCACAGGUGCGCGGAAAUUAUAUGUGCACAAUUAUGCGACCGUGGCAAAAUCGUGGUUAAAUACUUGGCCCCCUUGGCUCUCGGAGUUAUUGCAUCGUUGCCUAAAAAGGACCGACACCAACUUGCUCCACGGUGACCCUAUCGUUACCACCUUGUAGUAAUUAUCCACUCCUUCGUCCGACCCUAAGCGAAUGACAUCUUGGACUCCUUCCAACCCUUGGCUAAACCGUUGAUGACCCUCGGUUUCAAGGAGGAAAAGACAGGUGAGAACAAGGGGGAUGAGAAAAAAAAAAUCCAUCUGGAAAGGGAGGAUGAAAGCGGCGCAGGGGACCGAGGGAGAAAAACAAGAAAACAGCAAAUCAGAGCGUGUGUAAGACACGCGGCAGGCACAAGCUUUUGUUCCUCUCUCGCUCCGCCUUCGUAUAGUCUACAGUGUGUACGCACUACGCAGGACACACAGUGCACACGCCCUCGUUGCUUUCCCCGGCCGGUCAGCGCAACGAACGAUCCUCCCGACCGAGUCGAAAAGUGGAUAAUGCCAGCCUCUGCGGAUGCGCAUGCGCCUAUCACAGCUGCCAACACUGGCUUUCUCACUGGGGCCGUCUCCAGUCGAGACUCCACUGGAUCGAUGUCGUCCUUUGCUCCUCCUUCAGUCACCGUGUCUGACCACCUCAGCCGUGACGCAGACCUUGUCCAGUGCCUGCCCAGAAUCCUCGCAAGGCCAAACCAGGGGAUACAACCUUUUUGCCCCCAGUUAUCAUCCUUGGGUCUCGUUGGCUCGACGUGACUACUCCGUAGCGGAUGAAGUCUCCCUCAGGGGAAAGUAUUAAUAUCAUACAAUUUGUCUCCAUGGCGGCACCCACUUGGCUAGCAUCAUUCACUGUGACCUUAUUAGUACCAUUACUCUGCCCACUUCCCGGUCCA